AUGAUGGACAUGACAUAUGAUGACCAGAACAAUGAUGGACAUGACAUGACAUAUGAUGACCAGAACAAUGAUGGACAUGACAUGGCAUAUGAUGACCAGAACAUUGAUGGACAUGACAUGAAAUAUGAUGACCAGAACAAUGAUGGACAUGGCAUGACAUAUGAUGAACAGAACAAUAAUGGACAUGACAUGACAUAUGAUGACCAGAACAAUGAUGGACAUGACAUGACAUAUGAUGACCAGAACAUUGAUGGGCAUGACAUGACAUAUGAUGACCAGAACAUUGCUGGACAUGACAUGACAUAUGAUGACCAGAACAAUGAUGGACAUGACAUGACAUAUGGUGACUUGAACAUUGCUGGACAUGUCAUGACAUAUGAUGACCAGAACAAUGAUGGACAUGACAUAUGA